GUGAGAAGCAUUGCACAUCAGAUCUGAGAUGAAGCAUACACAUAUUCUGUUCCGAGAGCUUGCUCAGUUGCAGAGUGGAAAGACCUUCGGAUCUGCGCAUCCUUGAUUAGUGAAACAUCAUGGCGCGAGGAAGGCGUUCCGUCUUGGUUUUCCUGUGUGCUUUCUGGUUUCAGAUGUUCCAGAGAGCUGAGAGCCAUGGCUCGAUGUAUGAGCCACCUUCGCGCAACUCACAAGGGAUGUCCUUGUUGGCCCCAACGUGUCCGGGAGGAGCUUGCCAAUGGUACAACCAAGGUUGUGCUAUUGGCUGCCCUGAAAUCACAGGCCUGCAAACGGGCUGCGAGAAGCCUGUGGAGCCCUCUUUGAAGGAUGGAGAAGAUGAUGAGCUCUUGCAGUACAAGGAUGAUGGUUACGGAAACCCGACAAUCGAUCAUCCCUGGCGCUUCCCUGGGAAAUCGCCUGUGGCAGAUGCAUGCGGCAUUACUGCUGGGUACAUUGAGCCGGAGGGGCAGCUGGACCCACCACCUGGAUUUUCAACCGGUGCGAGUGGCCGCGAGCUUCCAAAGUUGCUGGAUCAGACGGUGUGGGUUGCUGGCUCAGUUGUAGAAGUUGCAUGGGCCAUGGCAGCAAAUCAUGGAGGGGGGUACCAGUAUCGUUUGUGUCCUGUGAAUGAAGAGCUAUCAGAAGAAUGCUUCCAAAAGACACCCUUGGAGUUUGUGGGCGAAGACCAAUGGAUUCAAUUUGGGAAUGGCUAUGAUCCAGGAAACCGUAUCCAGAUCAAGGCUCGUCGAGUCAGUGGCAAGAAAGUCGUGCCCGAGAAUUCCACUUGGACAAUGAAUCCAAUUCCCGGGUGUGCAGUCACAGGUGGCCGUGCAAGGACUAAAUGCUCCAAGCCAACCUUCAGCGCACCUGCAGAUGACAGGUUUUGGCCCUACGCUGAUGGAACAUCAAAAGGGAUUUUUGGCUACAGUGGUGGCUAUUGUUUCGGAAAUGUGACCAAGAAGCCGUCGGCUGCCUGCACUUUGGAUGAGUACAAGAACGCCUCAUUUGAUUUUGGCAUCGUGGACCGCGUGAAAGUACCAGACCUUCCUGAGGGUGACUAUGUUUUGAGUUGGCGCUGGGAUUGCGAGAUGACCAAGCAGAUUUGGAGCAAUUGCGCGGAUGUGACCAUCAAACACAGCGGUAAAAACACCAAGCCUUUCAGCCCAAUCAACGGAUGCACAGCUUGUUGCACCGGGAUUUGUAGCAAGUGCAAGGAAUGCCGUGAGAAGAAGACCGGGGAGUGUGCAUCUUGCUGGGAGCCUUUGCCCUGGUGGGGAGGACGUGACUUCUGGACACCUCGGGCAAAGGCCAUUCAGUGCCUUGGGCGUGAGGCAGAAGACGGAGGUCCCGGAAAAUACAUGCCUGGCGACCCACUGGAGCCAGCAUGGUCCCCCGGUUGUUCCAAAUGUUGGGCCUCAAAGGAUGGCUGUGAGAAGUACACGCGCGAAUUUGAAGGCGUGAUCGAGAAGAAGUCAUGGGGGAGUUGGACCUUCGUGACAAUGGUGGUUCUAGCAGUGGCUGCUGCAGUGGCAGGCGCUCUUCUUCUAGUCAAGUCCAGGCGCUAGCCUGCGCGAAGUGCAGCUCCGAGCUCGGCUCCGAGCUCAGGCCCAUCCACUAUGGAGAUGACAUGAGACACACUUUGCAAGCUCCAGGCGUCAUAUUUUCAUUAUGAGGUUUCAAAGGUUUCCCGGUCAAGCUUUAGCUUCGCCGGCAAUUCAACGAUGGCAGAGAUGGAAAACCCAUCAGCCCAUCAGCUGCGAUGAACAUGGACGCAAAAAGA